CGCGCCGAGAGGCGGCAGAGCGCGGCCAUGGCUGGGCCCGGCGUCCCCGGCGCCCCCGUAGCCCGAUGGAAACGCCACAUUGUGUGGCAGCUGCGUCUUCGGGACCGUACGCAAAAGGCGCUCUUCCUGGAGCUGGUGCCGGCCUAUAACCAUCUCUUAGAGAAGGCUGAGUUGCUGGACAAGUUCUCAAAGAAGCUGCAGCCGGAGCCAAACAGUGUCACUCCCACCACCCACCAGGGCCCCUGGGAGGAGUCAGGGCUUGACUCAGACCAAGUCCCAUCACUGGCCACACUGAGGGUGAAGUGGCAGGAGGAGGAAGAGGGGCUCCGGCUGGUCUGUGGUGAGAUGGCCUACCAGGUGGUGGAGAAGAGCGUGGCCCUGGGCGCCUUGGAGUCGGAGCUGCAGGAGCUGCAAAGCAGGUGGGAGAGUCGGGCCUCGCUUGUGUCUGGAAGGGAGGCGGGCAGCAGCCGCCCACUGGAGAAAGGGACCGGGUCGCGCCCCGCCUGCGUGCGAGGCGCCGCGCCAGGCUCUCAGGAUGCUUUUUACCCAACAAGGGCCAAGCAGGCGCGGGUGUCCCAGGAGCUGAAGAAGGCUGCCAAGCGGACCGUGAGCAUCAGCGAGGGUCCGGACACUGUAGGCGAUGGGAUGAGGGAGAGAACCGAGACUCUGGCUCUAGCCCCUGAGCCAGAGCCCCUGGAGAAUGAAGCUUGUGAGAAGUGGAAGAGGCCCUUCAGGUCUGCCUCAGCCACCUCCCUGACGCUGUCCCACUGUGUGGAUGUGGUGAAGGGGCUUCUGGAUUUUAAGAAGAGGAGAGGUCACUCAAUUGGGGGAGCCCCUGAGCAGCGAUACCAGAUCAUCCCUGUAUGUGUGGCCACCCGACUUCCUACCCAGGUUCAGGAUGUGCUGGAUGCCCACCUCUCUGAGGUCAAUGCUGUUCGUUUUGGCCCCAACAGCAGCCUCCUGGCCACUGGAGGGGCUGACCGCCUGAUCCACCUCUGGAAUGUUGUGGGAAGUCGCCUAGAGGUCAACCAGACCCUGGAGGGAGCUGGUGGCAGCAUCACCAGUGUGGACUUUGACCCCUCGGGCUACCAGGUUUUAGCAGCAACUUACAACCAGGCUGCCCAGCUCUGGAAGGUGGGGGAGGCACAGUCCAAGGAGACACUGUCUGGACACAAAGAUAAGGUGACAGCUGCCAAAUUCAAGCUGACAAGGCACCAGGCAGUGACUGGGAGCCGUGACCGGACAGUGAAGGAGUGGGACCUCGGCCGUGCCUACUGCUCCAGGACCAUCAAUGUCCUUUCCUACUGUAAUGACGUGGUGUGUGGGGACCAUAUCAUCAUUAGUGGCCAUAAUGACCAGAAGAUCCGGUUCUGGGACAGCAGGGGGCCCCACUGCACCCAGGUCAUCCCUGUGCAGGGCCGGGUCACCUCCCUGAGCCUCAGCCACGACCAGCUGCACCUGCUCAGCUGUUCCCGAGACAACACACUCAAGGUCAUCGACCUGCGUGUCAGCAACAUCCGCCAGGUGUUCAGGGCUGAUGGCUUCAAGUGCGGUUCUGACUGGACCAAAGCUGUAUUCAGCCCGGACAGAAGCUAUGCACUGGCAGGCUCCUAUGAUGGGGCCCUUUACAUCUGGGAUGUGGACACCGGGAAACUGGAAAGCAGACUUCAGGGACCCCAUUGCACUGCUGUCAACGCUGUGGCCUGGUGCUACUCCGGGAGCCACGUGGUGAGCGUGGACCAGGGCAGGAAGGUUGUGCUCUGGCACUAGGGCCACGACUUCCCUGCCUGGGCUGGAGCUCUUGCCCGAAGCCUGAAGCUUCCCUCGGCGCCGUGCGGGGGUUGGGGUUGGGACUGGAGAUGGCCUUGGGAUUUAAUGGGGAAGAAGGCCUGGCAGGACCUGGCCUGUUUGUUUAAAAAUGAAGCUAGUUUUUCUUUGUAUUUUUAUCUCUAUCUCCUCACUUUUUCUCCCCAAGUAGAAAAAAAAUGAUAUCUAAA